GUUUAUACCGGACAUAUGCAAGUAUCUUCCUAUACAACACAACCCGUCAUUCUAACCUCUCAAGGGAUUUACAGUUGUUUGGUAAAUAAUAGAUAACAGUUAAAAAGGUAAAUGGCAAUGACAUUUCUGUCAAAUCUCAACAAUUUGACACAUGUUAUUUGGCAACACAUUUCCAUCCAUAUGUAGCAGUUUAGCUUAUUUUUCUCUUGGGGCAGAGAAAAAAGCUUCAAACAAUAAAUGUAUGUCCUUAAAGCUUUACUUUUUGACUAUUUUAUCGGAAGGCUGUAUUCAAAGGAGCUUUUUUAGUCUUCUUCUGGCAAUAGCUUAGGAAACUAAUAAAAUAUGUACUCUAAUUAAAACGGACAACGAAAAGUAAAAAAAAAAAUCACACACAAAAAAUGAAUAAAAAAAUUUUAACAAAUAAUUAAAGUGGAAAAUUAAAAAAAAAAAUAUUUAUUAAAAUGCUCAAAGUAAAAGAAUUAAAGAGAUUUUCUUUAAAUUAACAAUUGAAUGAAAAGAAAGUCCUUGAGCAACAUUAAAUUGUAAAUAAUGUAUGGUUUUGUGCCAAAGUCAAAGCUCUCUUUUUUUGUUUGAAGUUGUUGUAAAUAAUCAUUAACAAUACAUACAACACAACAACAGCAAAAACAAUAACAAAAAUGACAUUAAACGUUAAAAAACAACAUGAGGCAGGAAACCGUUAUAACAGUAAUAACUUCUACACGCAGUGAGUGUUAGAGAGAGAUUAUACUAAAUGAGCACUAGCUUAAACAGUAAAAGAGCACAAAAAAUCUUCCUUUAAUUGAGUAAAAACUUCCUUAUAUUUGCUAGAAAAGCUUUUUAAUAAAAACAAAAAUAAACGCAUAAAUAAAAAAGCGCGCCUUAUUAAUAAACAUAACAGUUAUUCUCACACAAUAACUGUCAGUUAGUCGUAGUUUAACCGCUAUUCUUCUCAUCACACACAAAGUAAACUCCUUUAUUGUUGUUUGUUCUCAAAUUAACAGGAAAUUUCGUAAAACAAAAAUAAACAAUGCCGCAAAAUUGUAAAGAAAAAGGUUGUGAUUUAAAAUAAAAAAGGAUAACAAAAAGUGUAACACCAACAAAUUAGCAACAACAACAGUUAACCAAAAACCUUAACAGCAAUACUAAUACGUUUAACAACAAUUUACAACAUUUAAAAAUAAAAACGAAAAAAGCGUUAUGUCUGAAACAAAAUUAAACAAUUGCAAUAAUAUUGAAAAUGGUGUGUCGUCCUUAACUUCCAUCAAUAAAAUAAAAACUAAAGACGAAAAUAAUGAGUCCUCGGAAGGACCCACCGUUACAUUGCCCCACUCCGUUUUAAAUAAUUUAUUUACAACAUUUUAUGUCAAUCAAAGACGUGAAGCUCUUAAAUGGUUCCUCCUCGCAUAUCUGUGCUUUAGUAUUUAUACACUGGGCAUACCGGCGGAACAGUCGAUUCAGAAUAGAACAUGUUACAUUAUAUUCGAUAUAAUAGCAGUUAGCAGUUGGUUGCUUAUGUUUGCGGCCAGUAAAUAUGAGAGAUUCAAAUUAAAAAGGCCCUUUUAUAUAGCCAUCUUAAUAAGCAGUGCUCCAAUAGUUAUAUGGACAUGUUUUAUAUUACAUUUUAUAACAUAUUCAUUCGUCCAACAAGUACCAAUAUCCGCAAGAGAACUCUUGGGAUGGGCCAUUUUAUUUAAUUUUCUGGUACCAGUAAGUUUACCCGUUCCUUUAUACUACACUGGAUGUUUUAUGUGUUUUAUAACCUUUUUCGGUUAUUAUGCCCUCAUCUAUUUGUCGUCACGUGAUGAUCCCAUGUUCAACGAAAUGUUGCUGGCAAACAUGGUUUUGGUUUCGGCGGCUUUAAUUAUUGGUCUGUUGUACUAUGACAUGAAUGCUGCCAAACAAAGACGGGCAUUUUUGGAGGCCAAAAAAAGUCUAGAGGUGAAAAUGAUUAUCGAAGAUCAAUCAGCAGAACAAGAACGUUUGCUAUUGUCGGUAUUGCCAAAGCAUGUGGCCGAAAAAAUGCGUCAGGAUUUGGGUUCAACGAGUUCUGAACCCUUUAAAAAAAUCUACAUGAGUCGUCAUGAGAAUGUUAGUAUUUUAUAUGCAGAUAUAGUUGGGUUUACCGCCAUAUCAUCUACAUACAGUGCUCAGGACUUGGUUAAGAUGUUAAAUGAGUUAUUUGCCCGUUUUGAUAGAUUAGCAGAGAAAUAUCAACAACUACGUAUAAAAAUUCUAGGUGAUUGUUAUUAUUGCAUUAGUGGAGCACCAGACGAACGACCAGAUCAUGCUGUGCUUUGUGUACACAUGGGUUUGUCGAUGGUAAAGGCUAUAAAAUAUGUGCAGCAAAAGGCCAAUUCACCUGUUGACAUGCGAGUUGGUAUACAUACGGGUGCUGUUUUAGCCGGAAUAUUGGGACAACGUCAGUGGCAAUUUGAUGUAUAUUCAAAGGAUGUUGAAUUAGCUAAUAAAAUGGAAUCAAGCGGAAAGGCGGGUCGUGUUCAUAUAUCUGACAAAACUUUGGCGUAUUUAAGUGGAGAAUUUGAAGUGGAACCAGCAUAUGGAGAGAAACGUGAGGAAGCCUUACGUAUAGCUGGCCUCAAAACUUAUUUUAUAAAAAAAGUUCUGAAGCCUUUUGCCUCCCCCAAUGCCAAGAAAAUCAACGAAACACAGAACGGCAACAACGAUGACAAUGACGAUACUUUGGAUGAGGAACUAUUGGCUGAAAGUCAAGAGGAUAAAAUUAAUAAUACACAAGCGGAAACGGAAGAAGUUUGCGAUAAAGCCACCUUAUUUAAAGAGGAACUACGUAAUGUUUUACGAGAUCGUGACUAUUAUGCACACAUUGAUCAAGAUACCGAUUGUUUGUUGAAGUUUAAACUUAAAGAAUUUGAAGAAGACUAUACAGCCUAUCGGGAGCCUUUCUCUUCAUUACCACUUAUAUCUGCUUUAAUAGUACAAUCUAUGGAUAUUGUUUAUUCAUUUUUAAUAUUACCCAGAUCACCCUUACAUUUUGUUAAUAUAGCCGCCCCUUUAGUACCAAUAUUCAUGUUAGUUUUUAUAAGUAUAGCAGAAAGUUUUCCCAAAUAUUUGCCGGAUUUCUUUGUCAGCAUUAGUAAACGUUACAAUGAUUUUACUUGUGUAAGAGAACUGACCGCCAUUAUUAUUGUCCUUACCAUAGGCCUAAGUAAUGUAAUCGAUGAGUAUUUCUUUGUUGCCUAUAUAAAAUCUGAACAUAUUGUGAGUGAGAGUGUUUUUAAUAAAACCCAAAGUGAGGAAGAUUUUCUGGUGGCCGAACCCAUGAUUGAUGCUACACCCGAUCCUUUGGAUAAUGUUAUGUAUCCCUCCUAUUUAAGCAAUUUUUGUGUUUUAAUACUAAUUGCCACAACUGUAAUUGCACAGCUAACACAUUUUGUAAAAAUUCUCUUACUGACUCUAAUAACAGGUUUACACUGGUAUUUUAAUAUUUAUGUCCUUAACGAUUUAUAUGCAUUGGAAGAUGAUUUGGCCUUCAAUCCAAUUGUAUCAACCAGUCAUAUUAUGUCUGCUGCUUUGGUAUUUAUAACCGUAUCCUUGGCUUUUUGGGCCCGACAUAUGGAUCGUGAAGAUCGUGUCAUAUUUAAAUGGAAAUUAUUGGUUACCGAGCAAAAAGAACGGGCUGAUGAUAUGCGCAAACGUAAUGAGGCAUUAGUUUAUAAUGUUCUGCCCGUACAUGUAGCCGAACAUUUUAUGAAGAAUACAAAACGUUCCCAUGAUGAUCUCUACUCACAAAGUUAUGCAGAAGUGGGAGUAUUAUUUGCCAGCAUGCCAAAUUUUUCAGAUUUUUAUUCUGAGGAAACUGUUAAUAAUCAAGGUUUAGAAUGUUUACGAUUUCUCAAUGAAGUUAUAUCCGAUUUUGAUGCACUUUUGGAACUUCCACAAUUCCAGGAUAUUAUUAAGAUAAAAACUAUAGGUUCCACUUAUAUGGCAGCUAGUGGUAUUAAUUUAAAUCGUGAUAUUAAGCCAGGCGAUCCUAUAACCAAAAGAUGGGCCCAUUUGGCUUUAUUGGUGGAGUUUGCUUUAGAGUUAAAGAAGACAUUACAGGACAUAAAUGAACAGUCAUUUAAUCAUUUCGUUCUGAAAAUGGGAGUAAAUCAUGGACCCAUAACAGCAGGUGUUAUAGGUGCCAGAAAGCCACAUUAUGAUAUAUGGGGAAAUACGGUAAAUGUGGCGUCUAGAAUGGAAAGCACAGGAAAAGCAGGAGCUAUACAAGUCACUGAGGAAACGUGUAAUAUCUUACAAGAAUUUGGUUAUUCCUUUUUGCAAAGGGGUUUGGUGAGCGUCAAAGGAAAGGGACAAUUAAUGACCUAUUAUUUAAGAGGUAAGUCUGAUAAGAAAACAACUGAACAUCAAGUUGAGUAUAAUGCUAAUGAAACUGAUACUCCUGUAACUCCUAAUGCUGCUCCCAAUCGUACAGAUGAUAUACCCAUACAGCAGGGCAUGAUUGGCAAUAUUGUCAAUCCUACACUAGAGAGUGAAGUACAUCUUAAACUCGAUGAAACAGAUGCAGAUAUUAAAACUCCUCUAUUGAAUAUUAAAACAAAUGCCAACUCAAAGUCAGCCAGUCCAAUUAAGGAUUGUGCAAAUGGUGAAAUGACUACGGAAGAAGAUGCUUUAAUUACUACUGAAGAAACAAUGUAAAAUCUGUGACAAAUUUUAAAUUUUUAGCUCAUUAUAAUUAAUAAUUAAUGAAAACAAAACAAAAAAAAACAGCCUGCUAAGGCAGUUAACAUUCAAAUUAAAAGAAAAUUAUUAGCCAUAUGCAGAUUUAGAUAGUAGAUUAUUUAUUUUUUUCUUACUUUCUUUCUUUAUAUACUUUUCUAAUCAUGUAUGCAAACCAUUUUCUUAUACCUUUGCCUCUCCCUUUUUCUCAUAUAGUAGUUGAAUCCGUAACAGUAUUGCAUAUUAUUUUAUGUAUUUUCCGAAAUCGAAAAUUUUUAUAUAUAUAUUUUGUUUUUGAACAUUUUAUUGUUAUUUAGUUUUUAUUAAAACUUGGCCUAAGUUAACAAAGAAAACAAAAAAUCACUUGUUGUUUAACGAACAUAAAAAAUUAAAAAAAAGAAAAAUGAAUCUAUUAACUAAGUACCUAAAGUAUCAAUAUCUUAUUUUAAAAUCUUAAAUAUAAAUUAACAAAAUUUUUUUAGUGAAUUAAAUAUGUCUAAGAGAAUAUGUACAUUAUAAAAUAAAGAAAUCAUUUUAGUAGAACUCUUUCUCCUCUACACCAUUCUCACACAAAAACAAUUAUAAAAACGUCAAAAAAAGGAAAACACUAAAUCCCACCUAAAUCCAUGAUCUGACCAUAACAAAAAAGGGUAUAUAAAAAAUAAAGAAAAUAUUUCAGUACACACAGCGAAAAUUUGGAAAAUAUUUUAAAUUUAACAAAAAAUAACAAAAGCUCAUUUAAAUAUGGCGUUUACAUACAUAUAACAGUACACAUAUUCGAAUAUAAAUGUUGAAAACGAAAUUCAGUAGAAAUUAAGUCUUAACAAUAGUUACUUUCUCAACGAAUAAACUAUUUACAAAAAAAAAAAAAAAAAUACACACAUUUGCAUACAUAAAAACUAAUUUUGCUACAACAACAACAAAAAUAAUCCUGAAAUUUUUAAUAACCCUUUAACAUUUGCAUAUAC